UCCAAAAGCGUCAUUCGCCGCUUGUAGACAUCAUCCGAAUUAACCACUUCUCAAGAACUCCACCAUAGGUUUCUAAAGGUUUCGGACGACCAUUUCACUAUUUCACUGCAAAAAUAAUAAUUCUGUCAACGGUAUCAAUAUCUGGAUUCCUUCUCCAGUCAAGGCACAAUCAUCAACGCCGUACAGAUUUUGGAAGAUUUCCCCACCUUUACAGCUUCCCUACUAAACUCGAGCUACAAAAAAAAAUCCCUUCAGAGAGACAACGAACGACACGCACGCAAGCAGCCGAGCUCCUAGAAGCAACAUCGCGUCUUGAGUCUAUUUCGUAAGACCUUCAUCGCAGAUACUACAACUCGAUCAAUACACAAACGGACUUUUAUUCGCAUAUUCAACGCGAUUCAUAUAAGUUGCCCAAGAUGAUGUCAGGAGAGGCAUGGUUAUACCUGUUGGCGGUACUUAUCAAUGCCGUCAAUCUGUUCUUACAAGUGUUCUUCACUAUUAUGUAUAGUGAUCUCGAGUGGUGAGUUCUUAUUUUUACUUUCCUAUUGCUUAGACCUAGGAAUCAUCCGGGAUUGUGAAGGAUGCAUACAGUGGAGGGGAUAUGGUCUUUACCGCGUGCGAUAAGGAUGUGUAUUGAUCCUUUGCUGCUUUGCGGAAAAUAAGCUUCAUUAUACUUUGGAAUAAGGCUAACUUUGAAUGACACAGUGACUACAUCAAUCCUAUCGAUCUUUGCAACCGUUUGAACACGUACAUAAUUCCUGAAGCGGCCGUCCAUGGGUUCUUGACCUUUUUAUUCCUCAUCAACGGUUAUUGGGUUGCGCUUGUUCUCAAUCUGCCACUUUUGGCAUUCAAUGUUAAGAAGUACGUUGUCUGGGGUGUUGGGAGUAUGAAUUUUUAGAAUUUUCGCUGACAGAUACUUAGGAUUGUUGAUAACGCACAUCUUCUAGAUGCCACUGAAAUCUUUAGAAAGCUCAAUGUUCACAAGAAAGUAAGAUAACUUCCCUUUCCAAAUCCGGAUGAUCCCAAAGUUCUCACUAACAUUUCUCUCCUUCAUAGGAAUCUUUUAUCAAGCUCGGUUUCCAUCUUAUCAUGUUCUUCUUCUAUCUCUACUCUAUGAUCGUCGCCUUGAUCCGAGAUGAGUCGCAUUGACUCCAGAACAAUAUUGGCGACCGGUACAAAGUGGAGGCAUAGGUAUAGCUGUAGGUUCUAUAGUCAAGGGCAGAACUUGCUCGACGAGAAGGAACCAGAGGACUACGGAAAAUUGGUGGCAGGUUUUAAAUGUGCCAUGAUCUCUACGAUAUGUUAACUAUGAAUGGUAUGGCUGGAUGAAUGGAUGAAAUGGGCGGUGGUUUGGAUGUAAUGGUAGUACGCUACCAUCUGGUGUUGAGCCUGGCAGAAAAUGAGGGGAAUUCAUAAUGAGUGGACUUCGUAUUGAAUUUCUAUGUGGAUAGAUACCUAACAUGCUUGAAAUAGCAUGUUUUUUGAUAGGAAUAAAUU